UGACAUUUUGGAGCAGAUUGAAUCUGCAUCUUCGUGCCCUAAUUCGAUUUCCAGCUUCCCGAUUGCCAAAGAAUCGGAUCGGAUCGGAUUGCCGUUGCCGUCGCUGAAUCAUUCGAAGUCCAUAGAGAACGAGAUAGGCCAUGCAGAAGAGAGACCAGAACAAGUUGGGCGGAAAUGUUAGUGGUGGCGCAUCUGCGCCUCCGGCUAAGCGUGGCCGUCCAUUCGGCAGCGUAAACAGCAAUGCUGCCGCUGUAGCAGCAGCAGUCGCCGCAGGCACCGAGACCUUGGCUCCAUCGACACUCCUUGGCCCUUCUCUUCAUAUUCAUACUUCCUUCGCGGAUCAAAACAAUAAAAGGAUAGUGUUGGCUCUACAGAGUGGAUUGAAGAGUGAAUUGACGUGGGCACUUAACACUCUCACUCUGCUCUCCUUCAAAGAGAAGGAUGAUAUGCGUAGAGACUCUACUCCUCUGGCUAAGAUUCCCGGCUUGCUCGAUGCUCUUCUUCAAGUUAUAGAUGAUUGGCGUGAUAUAGCACUUCCAAGGGAUCUUGUAAAGAAGCAAAGAGUCAGAACAUUAGGUGCAAAUUCUUCUGUAACAGGGUUUGGGAAUGAAUUUGAGGCACUGGGUUCAGAUGGCCUGAGACCUAGUUCUUCAGUUUCAGAAUCAACUGGUCAUGCUUCUAAACCAUCUUCUCGACCUUGGUGGCUUGAGGAAGAUGGACUAUUCAAUCUGGAUGAUGAAGGACGAGCAGAAAGACAGCAGUGUGCUGUUUCUGCUUCGAAUAUCCUCAGGAAUUUUUCUUUCAUGCCAGAGAAUGAAUCUAUCAUGGCUCUACAUCGACAUACUCUGGAAACAGUGUUUCAAUGUAUAGAAGAUCAUGUUACAGAGGAUGAAGAACUCGUCACAAACGCACUAGAGACAAUUGUGAAUUUAGCCCCGCUCCUUGAUCUUCGAAUUUUUAGCUCAUUAAAACCAUCCUACAUCAAAAUAACAGAAAAACGUGCAGUCGAAGCUAUCAUGGGAAUGCUGGGAUCUGCUGUCAAAGUUUGGCACUGUGCUGCUGCAGAACUACUUGGACGAUUGAUAAUAAAUCCUGAUAAUGAGCCUUUCCUUCUCCCCUUUGUCCCCCAGAUUCACAAGCGCUUAGUUGAUCUAAUGAGCAUCCCAGCAUUGGAUGCGCAAGCAGCAGCUGUUGGUGCACUGUAUAACCUCGUUGAAGUUAAUAUGGACUGCAGAAUAAAGCUGGCAAGCGAACGAUGGGCAAUCGAUCGUCUUCUUAAAGUAAUCAAGAUGCCUCAUCCAGUUCCAGAAAUUUGUAGGAAAGCAGCAAUGAUUUUAGAAAGUCUUGUUUCUGAGCCACAGAACAGGGGGUUGCUCUUGGCAUACGAAAAUGCAUUUGCAGAAAUACUCUUCUCCGAUGGAAGAUAUUCCGACACAUUCGCUAGAAUUUUAUAUGAACUGACAUCCAGACCAAACAAUAAAGUUGCUGCUGCUCAAGGUGUAUGGGGCAUGUGAUCAGAAGGGCUCAUUCGUCAGCUCGAGAUUACUUAGUACCCGCUACUGAUUCAAGCGAAGGGCUCAUGACAACAUCAUGACAUGUAAAUACACCAGCUUAUUGAUUUAUCCACAAUUAAAAGAAAGUCUACUAAUUUUUAAGGUGUCCAUUGGAGUCUGGUUGAUAUGUAAUGUGUAUGAUUGAUAUGUGAAGUUUGAAGUACCAUUCUUAGAUUAUAGCUAAAACAUAUGGUAUUUGUAGAAAUUGUAACCUUAGUAUUGGUUUUUGGUGUAUAAACUUUAUGUAAUAUAUUUCACUUGUUCGGUCAUUUUUCUGA